AUGGUCUUCAUCAGGAGGUCAGUGCUCCAUGGUCUUCAUCAGGAGCCGGAGUGGUACCUGACUCAGGUUCUGGUGUGGAUCACUCACAACUCUGCCUUUAUGGACGACAGGAUCCAGCCGGUGCUGGACCGAGCCGGAGCUGGAGUCAGCGCUAAGGUGGAGCUGUGCCGUGGCCUGCUGUCUCUGGUGCAGCGUAAAGUGCAGAGUGAAGCGCCGCGGCUGCUGUACGAGGACGCUCUCUUCUGCCACCUGCUGGAGGAGCUGCUGCACUUCGAGAGAGAGCUGCGGCUCCAGCAGCUGCUGCCGCCAUCGGUGCCCGCGGUGCUGCACCUGCUGCUGGAGCCCAGUCUGCUGCACAAGUGGCUGAGCCUGGAGAGGAAGAUGGCCCUGGAGAAGGUGGACUCCAUGAUGUCCUCUGAAGGCGCCUGGACGUCUCAGUACAAAGACAUCAGCGACGUGGACGAGCUCAAGGCCCCGGACUGUGCCGAGACCUUCAUGACCCUACUGCAGGUCAUCACCGAUCGGUACAGUAGUCUGCCGUGUCCAUCGUCUCAGUUGAAGUUCCUGGACCUGCAGAGGGAGCUGGUGGACGACUUCCGCAUCCGUCUGACUCAGGUGAUGAAGGAGGAGUCCCGGGCGCCGCUGGGAGCUCGUUACUGUUCUAUCCUGAACGCUGUGAACUACAUCAUCACCAUCCUCUGUGACUGGGAGGACAAUGUGUGUCAGAACCUGGGUCGUCUCACUACGCUGCAGAUCGGUCAUGACAACACUGGUCUUUUGUCCUCGUGCCUCGUGGACUGUGUCCUGGUCCGGAACCAGGUGACAGGCCACACCUACAGGUCAGUACCAUCAGUCCCUCUGGUCACACCUACAGGUCAGUACCAUCAGUCCCUCUGGUCACUCCUACAGGUCAGUACCAUCAGUCCCUCUGGUCAAUACCAUCAGUCCCUCUGGUCACACCUACAGGUCAGUACCAUCAGUCCCUCUGGUCACACCUACAGGUCAGUACCAUCAGUCCCUCUGGUCACUCCUACAGGUCAGUACCAUCAGUCCCUCUGGUCACACCUACAGGUCAGUACCAUCAGUCCCUCUGGUCACUCCUACAGGUCAGUACCAUCAGUCCCUCUGGUCAGUACCAUCAGUCCCUCUGGUCACACCUACAGGUCAGUACCAUCAGUCCCUCUGGUCACUCCUACAGGUCAGUACCAUCAGUCCCUCUGGUCACACCUACAGGUCAGUACCAUCAGUCCCUCUGGUCACUCCUACAGGUCAGUACCAUCAGUCCCUCUGGUCACACCUACAGGUCAGUACCAUCAGUCCCUCUGGUCAGUACCAUCAGUCCCUCUGGUCACACCUACAGGUCAGUACCAUCAGUCCCUCUGGUCACUCCUACAGGUCAGUACCAUCAGUCCCUCUGGUCACUCCUACAGGUCAGUACCAUCAGUCCCUCUGGUCAGUACCAUCAGUCCCUCUGGUCACACCUACAGGUCAGUACCAUCAGUCCCUCUGGUCACACCUACAGGUCAGUACCAUCAGUCCCUCUGGUCACUCCUACAGGUCAGUACCAUCAGUCCCUCUGGUCACACCUACAGGUCAGUACCAUCAGUCCCUCUGGUCACUCCUACAGGUCAGUACCAUCAGUCCCUCUGGUCACUCCUACAGGUCAGUACCAUCAGUCCCUCUGGUCACACCUACAGGUCAGUACCAUCAGUCCCUCUGGUCACACCUACAGGUCAGUACCAUCAGUCCCUCUGGUCACUCCUACAGGUCAGUACCAUCAGUCCCUCUGGUCACACCUACAGGUCAGUACCAUCAGUCCCUCUGGUCACUCCUACAGGUCAGUACCAUCAGUCCCUCUGGUCAGUACCAUCAGUCCCUCUGGUCACACCUACAGGUCAGUACCAUCAGUCCCUCUGGUCACUCCUACAGGUCAGUACCAUCAGUCCCUCUGGUCACACCUACAGGUCAGUACCAUCAGUCCCUCUGGUCACUCCUACAGGUCAGUACCAUCAGUCCCUCUGGUCACACCUACAGGUCAGUACCAUCAGUCCCUCUGGUCAGUACCAUCAGUCCCUCUGGUCACACCUACAGGUCAGUACCAUCAGUCCCUCUGGUCACUCCUACAGGUCAGUACCAUCAGUCCCUCUGGUCACUCCUACAGGUCAGUACCAUCAGUCCCUCUGGUCAGUACCAUCAGUCCCUCUGGUCACACCUACAGGUCAGUACCAUCAGUCCCUCUGGUCACACCUACAGGUCAGUACCAUCAGUCCCUCUGGUCACUCCUACAGGUCAGUACCAUCAGUCCCUCUGGUCACACCUACAGGUCAGUACCAUCAGUCCCUCUGGUCACUCCUACAGGUCAGUACCAUCAGUCCCUCUGGUCACACCUACAGGUCAGUACCAUCAGUCCCUCUGGUCACACCUACAGGUCAGUACCAUCAGUCCCUCUGGUCACUCCUACAGGUCAGUACCAUCAGUCCCUCUGGUCACACCUACAGGUCAGUACCAUCAGUCCCUCUGGUCACUCCUACAGGUCAGUACCAUCAGUCCCUCUGGUCAGUACCAUCAGUCCCUCUGGUCACACCUACAGGUCAGUACCAUCAGUCCCUCUGGUCACUCCUACAGGUCAGUACCAUCAGUCCCUCUGGUCACACCUACAGGUCAGUACCAUCAGUCCCUCUGGUCACUCCUACAGGUCAGUACCAUCAGUCCCUCUGGUCACACCUACAGGUCAGUACCAUCAGUCCCUCUGGUCACUCCUACAGGUCAGUACCAUCAGUCCCUCUGGUCACACCUACAGGUCAGUACCAUCAGUCCCUCUGGUCACACCUACAGGUCAGUACCAUCAGUCCCUCUGGUCACACCUACAGGUUCCCGUGUGGCCGUUGGCUCGGCUCUGGUGUGGGAGAUGGGAGCCUGGAGCGGGUGCUGAUCGCGGAGCUGCUGCCCCCUGCUGGAGCAGAGGAGGACACUGCACAGAGCUCACCUGUGCACACACACAGAGACACACACACACGGAGGGUCAGCCUCAGCAGCAUCACGGCCAGCGGCAUUAAGCCGAGCUCGGGGCAGAUCCAGGACGCUUUGGGAGAAGUCAUCAACAACAUGAUACAAUACUUCCACAGACCAGAGAAAGAGCGUGGCAGUCUGACAGUGCACCUGUGUGGGGAGGAUGGUCUGGUGACAGCUCUAGAGCAGCUUUUUUCUCACGGCUUCAAAUCUUCGCGACGUUUCCACAAAAACAUCUUUAUCUGGGACUUUGUGGAGAGGGCCUGCUCAGACCUGGGCUCUGCAGACCAGACUCGUCCUCUCGGUCGAUACGUUGAGGCCAUAAACUCGUCGUCUCGGAGCGUCGGGAAGGACGGGAAGUUCCAGCUGCUGGUCUGUCUGGGCACCAGGGACCAUGCUCUGGCUCAGUGGCUCCCCCUGCUGGCCUCCAGUCCUGUAGCUCUGCAGCUGUACGAGGACUGGGCUCUGCUGCGAGACCUUUCAGCUGUGAACAGUCUGAGCCAAGUCCUGAUGACGCUGCACCAGUUUCCCCUGAGACUGGAACCCUCGCUGGUCAAAGGAGUCUGCAUCUGA